UAAGAAACAUUAAAAAAGAGUUUAAGGUUAUUUUUUCUUAAAAAUAAUACCAUAUAAUAAAUUUAGUUUUAUAAAAUUAAAAAACAUGUUUAAAAAAAAUAUUUUAUAUGAGUUUUUCUUAUUUUGGUAUUUAAAUCAAGUUUUAGUUGUAUAUUGUGAUACUCAAAGUGAAGAUUUUAAAAAAUACGUGAUUAACUCAUUAAACCACAUUCGUGUUCAAAAUGGAUGGGACUCAAUUCAACAAACAGAAAUUAAACUUGAGAACUUCACAAUUAACACUAAAAGCGUCACAAGUGAAAUUAUCGAUGAAAAUAACUUUAUUCAAAAACUCUACUAUAUAACAUCUCUAUUAAAUUGUGAAUAUAGUAAUAUAAUGCAAACUUUCAAUGUAAUUUUAAACCUUGUUUUAAAUAAGUGUAAAGUUAAUUAUGUAAAUAAACAAUAUGACGCAUUGAUAUAUUGUACUGAGCAAAUUAUUGAUAUUUUUAAAUAUUCAAUAAAUAUGUUUCAAAUAAUGUUGAAAACAGCAAAAUAUCUCGAGAACAUCGACCUACGAAUUAUAGACUCUACAACUUUUAAUAUUAAAACUGUAGAUUAUGAAAUAAAUUAUUUUUAUGAAUACGCAAGGGAUUUAAAAUAUCCCCCGAAAUUUAUGAUAUAUAAUACUGUUGUCACUAGUUAUGAAAAUAUAAAAUGUUUUUAUAAUAAAACUAAAUUAAUGUUAUCAAAUCUUUAUAAAAAUAAAAAAGUUUGUGGGACAGAAUAUAAAAGUUCUAUUUCAACCAAUUUAUUGAUAAAAUAUAACAUCGAUCAAAUGGAAAAACUAAUAGAGGACUCAGACGAUUAUAUUAAUGAUAUUCAUAAAGAUCUUGAAUUAUAUAAAUCCAGAAUAAUUGAAAAUUGUAUUUCAAAACUAGGAUUUGAACAACUAGACGGAACAAAUACAUUCAAGUAUAUUCAUUCCAAAUAUAAAAUAUAUGGCCUUUAUGAUGGCAUUGCAUUGUGUAAUCAUUUUCUUUCUUGCAACGGUUGGAAAUCAUUAAAACAUAUAGCUGUUAAAACUGAUUUUACAAAUGAAAAUUUAGUAUAUUUUAAAGACAUCACAGAAACAGUUGAUACGAUAAAUUAUUAUUUUGUGCGGUCAUGUCUUUCACUUAUUUUAAGAUGUCGCUAUAUUGAAAUACUUCGUAAUUUUAAUGUAAUGUUGGGACAAAUAAUUAAUGUUUGUAAAUAUGAAAAUAAAAUUAAUUGUGCGGUUAAGCUUUAUAAAACACUAAUGACAUCCGAUGAUAUGUUUAAAAAAAUGUUAACUGCUCUGACUACUUUAAGAUACUACAAAAAGAAUAAAAAUUAUCGACAUCAAGAAGUACUCAUAGAGAAACUGUUAGAAUUUUUUAUUGAUUUUUUGAAUGAUNAAACUGUUAGAAUUUUUUAUUGA